GCGUGUUGUUGUGCGACGUUGCCAAUUCGCGCUUCAAGAGGGGUGUCUGAAAAUCAGCUGUGACUGUGAAUAAAAUGUAUGUUUUUAAAAAGUAAUUUCUGUUAUUGGAGCUCUGCGAUAGUGGUUCUCAAUUAUUUUGUAGGAGGAAGGUGUCCUGCUCCAGAUGGAUUCUCUUCCUAAGCCAGCGUCAGAGCCUGGCAGAGUACGACGUUCCCCUCGUCUCUCCAAGUCUCCCGAAAAGAACACAGAUAAACUCUCUCCUCAGCAGGAGAAGGGGAAGGCCAGUGGGAAGAAGAAGACUAACCUGCAGGAGGCCAAGAAGAAAGGAAAGAUGGAUAGAAGUAAAGGAGAAGAGGAGCUCACCAAGCAGCUGAAGAACCUGGAGUUGAAUAAGAAGCCACCAGUUACUGGUACAGGUUUGGUCUUCAGUCAAACAUUCACCCAUCACCGCUGCCUCUGGGACACAAGCCACCCAGAGUGUCCAGAGCGGGUCAGCGUCAUCAUGGAGCAGGUGGAGAAACAGGGGCUGCUGCAGCACUGUGUCCAGGUGGAGGCCAGGACGGCUGCUGAAGAGGAGCUGCUGCUGGUCCACAAGAGGGACUAUGUGGAGCUGAUGAAGUCCACCCAGACCAUGACAGAGGAGCAGCUGAAAACCCUCUCUGACUCGUACGACUCUGUCUACCUGCACCCUGAGUCGUUCAGCUGUGCCACUCUGGCAGUGGGCGCCGUCCUUCAGCUUGUCGACAAGGUCAUGACCUCGGAGCUACGCAACGGAUUCUCUGUCGCCAGACCCCCAGGACACCAUGCCCAGGCUGACCAGAUGAACGGCUACUGUAUGUUCAACAACCAGGCUAUCGCUGCCCGCUACGCCCAGAAACAGCACAGGAUCCAGCGGGUUCUGAUAGUAGACUGGGAUGUUCACCACGGUCAGGGGAUUCAGUACGCCUUCCAGGAGGACCCCAGUGUGCUGUACUUCUCAGUCCACAGGUAUGAGCAGGCCUCGUUCUGGCCCCACCUGCCAGAGUCAGACAGCUGUGCUAUAGGCACAGGAGCUGGAGAGGGCUACACCAUCAACCUGCCCUGGAACAAGACAGGGAUGAAAGAUGCAGAUUACAUUGCAGCAUUCCAGCAGCUUCUAUUGCCUGUGGCCUAUGAGUUCCAGCCUCAGCUGGUCUUGGUGGCAGCAGGCUUCGACUCAGUGCUAGGUGAUCCUAAGGGGGAGAUGUCAGCCAGUCCCCAGUGUUUCUCGGUCCUGACCCACAUGUUGAUGGGUCUGGCCCAGGGCAGGGUAGUACUGGCUUUGGAGGGGGGUUAUAACCUGCAGGCGACAGCAGAGGGUGCCUGUGCCUCUCUCAGGUCUCUCCUGGGGAAGCCCUGCCCCCCCCUACGCCCACCUGGAGCCCCCUCCGACAGUGCUCUGAAGUCCAUCUCACAGACCAUCAGUGCUCUGUACCCAUACUGGACCAGCCUGCAGGUGCUAGAGGGCGGUCCCCUGGGUGGAGCUAACCCUGCCAUAACCCCAGAAGAUUCAAGGGCAGCCAAUGAGAAUAGUACAGAAAGAUCCAAUCCCAACGGCCUGACAACAGGCCUCGUGUACGACCGCAGGAUGAUGGAACACCACAACAUGUGGGACAGCCACCACCCAGAGCUGCCUCAGAGGAUAUCAAAGAUCUUCUCCCUCCACGAGGACCUGGGCCUGGCGGCCCGUUGCCAACGGAUACCAACACGCCUGGCCACAGAGGAGGAGCUGGCUAGAUGUCACGGCCUGGAGCACAUAGCUAAGAUCAGAUCCACGGAGAAGAUGAAGCCCAGGGAGCUGCACAGACUGGGGGAGGAGUACAACUCUAUCUUCAUCAGCAACCACAGCUACAGCAGUGCCCGCCUGGCGGCAGGAUGCUGCUUCAACGCUGCUCAUGCCAUCCUCACUGGACAGGUGAGGAAUGCGGUGGCCGUGGUGCGUCCUCCAGGCCACCAUGCUGAGCAGGACACGGCGUGUGGCUUCUGUUUCUUCAACACGGCCGCCCUCACCGCGCGCCACGCACAGUUCCUUUCCCAGAAGCCCCUGCGAGUGCUCAUCCUGGACUGGGACGUUCACCACGGCAACGGCACCCAGCACAUCUUCGAAGAGGACGACAGUGUUUUAUACGUGUCCCUCCAUCGGUAUGAGGGCGGGACUUUCUUCCCCACGUCUGAGGACGCUGACUAUGAUAGGGUGGGCCAAGGCCGGGGGCGUGGCUACAACGUCAACAUCCCGUGGAGUGGGGGCAGGAUGGGAGACCCCGAGUACCUAGCCGCCUUCCACAGUGUCGUGCUGCCCAUCGCUAGAGAGUUUGACCCGGGGCUGGUGCUGGUGUCGGCUGGGUUCGAUGCUGCCCGAGGAGACCCCCUGGGGGGGUACCAGGUCACCCCUGAGGGCUACGCCCACCUCACACACUUACUGAACAGUCUGGCUGGGGGGAGGGUCCUGGUCAUACUGGAGGGAGGCUAUAAUUUGACGUCUAUCUCUGAGUCUAUGGCCAUGUGCACCAGCAUGCUUCUGGGUGACUCCCCCCCCGUCCUGCCCCCCCUGCCGCCCCCUCACCCCAACGCUGCCUUCAGCAUCAACAACGUCCUGCGUACUCACGCCCCCUACUGGGCAUCACUCAGAAUACAGAUCCCAGAGUCUCUGCGCCUGUCUCUGCCCUCUCCCAAACCCCGGGGGAAGCGCCACUCCAAGGGUAGUAGGAAGCCAGGGGGCCAGAUAUCCCCCGGGAGCAGCCCAGCUCAGGCUAACAGCCCAGAGACACCUCUGCCCCCUGCUGGGGUGAAAGACCCCAUGCUGGAUGAGCUCACACUGGGACUGGUCUCACUAGACCUCAAUCAAACUACCUCAGCCAAUCCUAGUCCAACAUCUGUCCCAGUGGGAGGGGCUAGGCAGAAGGUCCGGCCUAGUCCUCAGAAGAGCCCAACUAAGGAAGGGAAGGAGGAGCCUGUGUCAUUGAGCACUGAGAAAGACCAACCAGCAGCCAGGAAGACUGAGGCCCAGCCCCAGGCUGUUGCCGAGGUAACCUCCGACAUGGCCGCAAUGGGCCAGCUGAAGGCUGAGGCCGGAGGGGAGCAGGACUCUGCUGCAGAAGAGGGUGCUAGCGGCUGGUCGAAGAAGGAGGAGCCAGUGUUUGAGCUGAUCUGUGGAGGCGUGGACAUGGACGGGAGCACCAUGUACGUGGUGGACCCUCUGUCCUGGUGCCCUCACCUGGACCAGGUGAAGCCUUUGCCUGCAGGUGGUAUCGACGUGUUCCGGCCGUGCCUGGACUGUGGCUCCGACGCUGAGAACUGGACCUGUCUCACCUGCUACCAGGUGUUCUGUGGUCGCUAUGUGAACCAGCACAUGGUGACCCACGGCCUGGUGAGCGAACACCCUAUGGUGCUCAGCUUCGCUGACCUGUCUGUCUGGUGCUACUCCUGCGAGGCCUACGUACACAACAAGGUGAUUUUAGAGGCGAAGAACUCUGCCCACUGUGCCAAAUUUGGAGAGGAAAUGCCUGCCUCGGGCUGAGCAGAGAGAGGGAGAGAGAAAGAGGGAUGAGGAGGCAGAGAGAUGAGAAGACUUGGAAGAUAAUGAGAUGUAGGUUUUUUGAAGGAGUUUGGCUGGAGCAGACCAUGCCUCUCUGGGCCUCUGGGUCAUGCUGACCUGCUUGGAUCAGCAGCUCCUCUGUGCCUGAAGCUCUCAGCCAUAUGAUUAUCCAGCUCUUUCAAUCCCCCUCCUCUCCCUCCUUCCCCCCUUCCUUUUCACUCCACGUCUUCGCUCACAUCUUCACAAGAGAUGCUCAGUGCCUGUAAGCACAGGCAGUAUACCACAACGUGAUGAGAAUGUGGAUGUCAUGGAGACCUAGUCGCACCCACGCUUUGAUACCUUCAGUGCCCCUCUGGAGCGAAAACCUUUCACUGUUUCUAGUGUACUACCUGUGUCGUGGUCAGGCUUUAUGCUUCAACCCAUUUAUGCAAACAAGACUUCCUGCUAUUUAUUUGAUAGGAUGUGAUACAUAUAAUCACCAUCCUGACUGUUUGUGAUGGAAACUUGUCUCACCAACAGCGACAGGACUAAUGGUGCUAUGAUGUCAUCCUCAUCAUCAUAGAUUUGAUUACAAAGUAUUGUCCGUUCCAGCAUGGAUACAGUUGAGGUGUGAUGCUAGUGGUUUGUGCACAUAAUACACCGGUAUGUAAAGCUAGGUAUCUUAGGUAUUAUUUCAUGUUUUUAAACAAGCAGAAAAAAAACAAAAAAAACGUAUAUGUGCAAUAUUCUGUUUCAAAGCAUCGAUCGUCUUCUUUUGUAAUUGUAUAUUUGUAAUUGUGUUAGUGUUAUUUUCCAUGCUUCUUUAUCUCUGUUUCCAAAGUCCACAUAUGUUUGAUAUACUUUGCUUCAUUUUUUAAAUCUUAAUCACUGUAACUUAUGCUCUUUUUAUGUUUCACAAUGUGCCACAUCGUUUGAGUCUGAAUAAAACUUUGAGGUCUC